AUGGAUGAUUCAGGUUUAAUCAACUUUGAAAACUACCUCAAUAAUGGUAGUCUUGAGUCGAAUCUUAUCAAUGUAAAGAUUGAGAACCCACCCUCUCCACCUACGGGUGUGGGUAUGGCACAGGCAUUUGAGGAUCUGACCGGUGCCCCAGUAGCCACGACACUCAAGGCGUUGCAGCUACCUGAACUGCACAACAGUGCCACCGAGUCGUUGCAACAGCUCAUCUCGCAAGGCACUCAGUUCCCAAGCUCGCUCUACUCCUUUUACAACAACCCGACGGGGCCGAUGGACAACACAGGCAUGUGUGUCGAGAUGCCAUCUACCUCAUCGUCGGUCGGUGUGCAACCAUCGAAUCUCAUCAACACGGUGCACCAUCAACUCAUCUCUCACCACAUUCAUCAAAAUGGUGGACUCAAUAACCUUAUGAAUAAUAAUAACAAUAAUAAUAAUAAUCAUCUCAUUUCACCAACCAAUACAUCUACUACGUCUACAAUGUCACCUUCAUCAGGUCAUUCGACACCAUCUCCCAUCCAUACCACGCCAUUGUUUAAUAGUUCGAAUAUCAAUAUUGGAGGUGGUCCUGGUACUGGUACUGGCGUUGGUGCCAACAAUAUAUACCAAGGUGUUCAACACCAACCAAUGAUCCAACAACAAAUCAAACAACAAUUGCAACAGUUGCAACAACAACAAUUACAACAACUCAACAACAGUAUCAUCAACCUUCAAAAUAGUCUACAACAACAACAACAAUUACAACAGCAACAACAACAACAACAACAACAAAAUCAACAUCAAAACCAUCAACAACUUUAUAAUAAUACGAAUACCUCCAACAACAACAUGUUAAAUACUAAUAAUAAUAAUACCUCAACUACGAAUAAUAAUAAUAAUUUACUAAAUAUAAAUAGAACGCCAAAUAUAAAUAACAAUAUUAAUAAUAAUAAUACAUCAACUACAUCUACGAUUACGAAUAAUAAUAAUGGUAGUAUAUAUUCACCCAAUGGUACGAUAAAUACAUCUUUGUUAAGUCCGAUGCAAACCAAUACUUCUUCACCUAGUCUAUUUCAAGAAUUGGUGUCUGAUGAUAUUACGUCGACCUAUCUCAUCAACAAUCCAAUUAUUCGUGCUACACCUGGAUCCAGCAUGAACCAGGUAACUGCCAACAGUCCAUCUAUCAUCCUUCCACAGUCUCAGACUGUCCUUCUCAUUGGCGAAGUAGACGUAAUCGUCGAACAACAACCUCCCUCUGACGUACGUACUCGUACUCCAAACGAUCGUCGAACAUUUAACUGCGCCAUCAGAGUCGUAGGAGACUAUGCCAAAAAUAAUGUCAGUGCUGUAUUGGCUCAACUAGCCUAUGCCAAUUCAACUACUGAACGUCCAUCACAAGAUAUUUUAGGAGGCAAUAAAAUAGUACCAGUAGGAAAAGAUGGAAAGGUUGUAUUUGAUAGUUUAUCAAUGACAGAAGCAUCAACCAAACAUCAAGAGAAUGAGUUUUGUUUAGAGUAUGUUUUAUUGACCGAUGACAACAAACGAUUCAUUUUACCAAAUGGAAGUCCAUUUUUAAAGAGAUCAAGAGCAUUCUAUGCCUACUCUAAUCAAAAGGUAUUGUCACGUCGUCGUAAUGUCACCCUACGUACUCUUAGCAAUAAUCGUGGAUCGACACAGGGAGGUGACCAAAUGCAUGUUGUCGGAUCACCCUUUAUUCGAUGCAAUUCUCUACGUUGUAUAUUCCAUACGCCACAUGGCGACAUUCCAGCCAACAACAUUGAAUUAUUCAGCGAGUCUGUUUUAUUCUUUACACUUCCUCCUUAUCCUGCACCUGCCAACUUUUGUCCACCCGAUGGAACUGAAUUACCAGUUCAAGUAGUCAUCACCAACGAUGGUAGAAACUACAGUAACCCACUUCCAUUUACCUAUAUAUUUGAAGCAACUGGUACAAAGAGAUUAAGAUCAAGAUUCUAA